AUUGCGCGUUAUUUAAACAAAUCAAUAAUGAAGAGAAUAGAAAAAGUUGGAUUCUAUUUAAAAUCUAAUCUCCAUAGUUAUUUGAUUAUUAAUUCUUCGUACUAUCCACACAUAAUUGAUGUCUACAUCACAUCACCAAAUCAUUUUCCUGUGAGAGGAGUUAUUGAAUUAACCCCUGGAUAUAUUCAUCAUGUACAAAUAGAAAUGGUACGUCAUCAACGUAACCAAGAAAAGCGACGGUGUCAUAAAGAAAAGUAUUCAGCAAUGAUAUACGACGCUGAUCUAGUGACAAAACGUCGAAUUUAUGAUACUGGUGGAGAUUUAUGCCAUCGAUUAUUGUCACAAUAUUUAUAUCUACAAGAAUGUCAUUGUUAUAGUCCCUUUCUCCCGUAUGGUUAUUUCCCUGAAUUACUUAAUAUAACUGAUAGUAAUGAUCAUAAUAAUUAUAAUAGUAGUAAUACGAACACCAAUGGACCAAUUUCACAGCCAGUCUUGUGUUUAAACUUGUCAGUGUUCAGUGACCAUCAGCUGUCGCGAAAUGUGAAUUGUAUGUACCGUGUAUUCAAAAAGUACAGCAAUUCUAGUGUAUAUAUGAGUUUGAAAGGAGCUAAACACUGUGAAUAUUACGCAAACACACCGUACUGUGAUGAAGUGAAAUAUAAUCAUUUCCGUAUAGUAAGUAACCCAAUGUCAGAAUUAUGGGGUAAUACGUAUAAUGAAGCGAGAGGUGACUUUGUAUUCAGUUUAUUUCGUGGUGAUCGAAUGGAGGAAAUUAGUAUUCAUAAUGAUGAUAGUCCAAACAAUGAUAAACAUGAUCCAAGUAAAUACAAGACAGUGAUACCCAGAAAUGAAUCAGCACUUCGACAUAUUCUCUAUCAAAUACGUAAUAAUUUUGCUUUAUUAACGAUAGAACGUGUUAGCUCUCGUGGCAGACUAGUUCUCGAAGAAAAUGACUACCCGCUGUCUCGACUAUUAUCUGAUAUUGGUGGUAAUAUGGGAUUAUGGAUCGGUAUAUCUGUGAUUGGUUUAUUUGAAUCUUUCGAACUCAUCGGUUACAUCAUAUACGCAUCAAUUAAUUGUUUUAAAAGAUUCAUCAAUAAUUCAUUCAAAUCAUAA